AUGCAGAAGGCUGGGGCAGGGGGCCGGAGAGCCUCCGACUGCGGCCCUGCCCCUCACCGGCCCAGGUGCAUCACCAAGUUUGCCCAGUACGUGGGCUCCUUCCCUGUGGACGACCUGGACACCCAGGAGAGCGCAUGGCUGGUGCAGCAACAGCUGUGGACACUGAAGGACUGUCCCCGCCGCCGGGCUGUCAUCCUGAAAUUCAGCCUUCAGGGCCUCAAGAUCUACAGCGGGGAGGGUGAGGUGCUCCUGAUGGCUCACGCCCUGAGGCGCAUACUCUACUCCACCUGGUGCCCAGCCGACUGCCAGUUUGCCUUCAUGGCCCGAAAUCCCCGGAGCCCGGCCAGCAAGCUCUUCUGCCACCUCUUUGUGGGCAGCCAGCCUGGAGAGGUCCAGAUCCUGCACCUGCUGCUCUGCCGCUCCUUCCAGCUCGCUCACCUCUCGCAGCACCCUGAGGAACGGGCACGGCCUGAGCCCUGCCCGGGACCCGUAGGGGACGUGCCCCUGAAGCCCCUGUCCGGCCCUGGGGGCACCCCUGGCCUAGUACGGGAACCCCUCGGCGGUGAUCAGCUCUCACGGAACGUUAACGCGCUGGUCUCCCUCGGGCGGCUGCCAGCAGAGGAGCCUGGGGGCAGCGGGAAGGAGCCGCCGGAGUCGGAAAGCCGCGGGGUCGCCCGCCACGCCCGCCUGGGGAACCCGUACUGCUCGCCCACGCUGGUGCGCAAGAAGGCCAUCCGCAGCAAGGUGAUCCGCUCCGGGGCCUACCGCGCCUGCACCUACGAGACGCAGCUGCAGCUGUCGGCUCGGGAGGCCUUUCCUGACGCGUGGGAGGCCUGGCCCCGGGGUCCUGGGGGCCCCUCAUGCCCGGUGGAGAGCGAGGGCAGCCUGACGGAGAACAUCUGGGCUUUUGCUGGCAUCUCCAGGCCCAGUGCCCUCGCCCUGCUGCGGAGAGAUGUGCUUGGGGCCUUCCUGCUUUGGCCUGAGCCAGGCACCAGUGGCCAGUGGUGCCUGUCGGUGAGGACACAGUGCGGCGUGGUGCCCCACCAGGUCUUCCGAAACCACCUAGGCCGCUACUGCGUGGAGCACCUGCCGGCUGAGUUCCCCAGCCUGGAGGCCCUGGUGGAGCAUCAUGCUGGGACGGAGCGCAGCCUCUUCUGCUCCCUCGACAUGGGCCGCCUGAACCCCAGCUACAAGGAGCAGGACUGCGGGCCCGAGGGCAGGCUUCCCCCGACUCUCCGGCCCCUUGGUCAUGCCAAGUCCGAGGCAGAACUGCAGGGCCUGGGAUAGGACGCUGAGCCCCACGCCAAGAGGCCCCGCCUCACCCUGGCUCCUGGGCCUCAGCAGGCUGCUCUGCUCUGCCCUUCUUCCACCCCGCUGGGCACCAGUUCCAUCUGGUCACUGCCCUUUGGACCAGUCUUCCAUCACUACCCUGCCUGUGGGCGGAGCCCUGAGAGUGGGGAUUGCCAGUGGCUU